CUUGCUUGCCGACCACCUGUUCCUCCCGGGAGUGCGGCGCGCGCUGAUUGGCUGGAGUGCCGCCCGGGUACCGGAAGUGGCCGAUGCCCGUCGCCCCUGAAACCGAGACAACAGCUGCAGGUUCUGAGCGAGCUGGUGAAGCAGUGCUGGGAGGCCGAGCCGAGCGAGCGUGGGGUGGUAGCCGCCUGAGAUGCCCAGCCUGCUCUGGAGCUGUCAAAAGUGUUGCUGGAGAAAGUCAGGAAAGCACACCGAUGGGCUGAUUGGCUCCUCUCUACACUGAGGCCUCCAGCGUACUUGUCUCAGCAGGAGGUUGUAAGGGUGUAACAAGAGAAUGUAUAUUGUGAGAUGGGGACUGAGAACAAGGAGGUAAUUCCCAAGGAAGAAAUUUCUGAAGAAUCUGAGCUACAUGGGGCAAUAUUAGAAAAACUUCCAAAGGUGGUUUGCCAGGGUCAUGAGUUUGGAGCAGCGUGUGAAGAAGACAUGUUGGAAGGGCAUUCUGGAGAGUCCACAGAAGAGAUUCUGGAGCACGUGUCUCCUGACGAGAGAGACUUUGCAUCAGGGUUGAUUAUCUUUAAGAAAUCACCCUCAGGUGAGAAAGACCUGGAGGACAAUGAGGGUGAGCGAGUCCGCAGUCCCAGCUCAAAUCUGAUCACAUAUCAGGGAAAUGCUAUGGCAGAGGCAGUUGGCACAUUUGCUACUUCCGGCCAAAAUUUCAUAGAGAACUUAGGACCUAACAAAACACAUAGAAGUUCUGUGGGAGAAAAGCCUCAUACGUGUAAAGAAUGCGGGAAAGCCUUUAAUCAGAACUCACAUCUUAUUCAGCAUAUGAGAGUUCAUAGUGGAGAGAAACCCUUUGAAUGCAAAGAAUGCGGGAAAACAUUUGGAACUAACUCAAGCCUUCGAAGGCACCUGAGAAUUCACGCUGGAGAGAAGCCCUUUGCUUGUAAUGAAUGUGGAAAGGCCUUCAUUCAGAGUUCACAUCUCAUCCACCAUCACAGAAUACACACUGGAGAGAGACCUUAUAAAUGUGAAGAAUGUGGUAAAGCCUUCAGUCAAAAUUCAGCCCUUAUACUACAUCAGAGAAUCCACACUGGGGAGAAACCAUAUGAAUGUAAUGAGUGUGGGAAGACCUUUAGGGUUAGCUCACAGCUUAUUCAGCAUCAAAGAAUUCAUACAGAAGAAAGAUAUCAUGAAUGCAAUGAGUGUGGCAAAGCCUUCAAGCAUAGCUCAGGCCUUAUUAGACACCAGAAAAUUCACACUGGAGAAAAACCCUAUCUGUGUAACGAAUGUGGGAAAGGCUUUGGUCAGAGUUCUGAGCUCAUCCGGCAUCAAAGAAUUCAUACAGGAGACAAACCAUAUGAAUGUAAUGAAUGUGGGAAAACUUUUGGCCAGAACUCAGAGAUUAUUAGACAUAUUAGAAUUCAUACUGGUGAGAAGCCCUACGUAUGUAAGGAAUGUGGGAAGGCCUUUCGGGGGAACUCAGAACUUCUUAGACAUGAGAGAAUUCACACUGGAGAGAAACCUUAUGAAUGCUUUGAGUGUGGAAAGGCUUUCAGGCGGACCUCUCACCUUAUUGUCCACCAGAGAAUUCAUACUGGAGAGAAACCUCAUCAGUGUAAUGAAUGUGCCAGAACCUUUUGGGAUAACUCUGAGCUGCUUCUCCACCAGAAAAUUCACAUUGGAGAGAAACCUUAUGAAUGUAACACGUGUGAGAAGACAUUCAGUCAGCAUUCUCAGCUUAUCAUACAUCAGAGAAUUCACACUGGAGAGAAGCCUUACGAGUGCCAAGAAUGUCAGAAGACCUUUAGUCGGAGCUCUCACCUCCUCCGACAUCAAAGUGUUCACUGUAUGGAAUGACCUGCAAAACAGGAAAGCCUUCUGUGGAAAAGCUGAAGUCAGACUUAUUGUUCUUAAUCUGCACCCCAAGUUCUCAGAUCAAGUGAAUGGACGGACAGAACCUCCUCUGUCCUUUUACUGAUUUUUAUUUAAACAGUCGGUCCAAAAGGAUGAGGCACUUUUAUGCACUAUUCAUUGAGAAGUUUCCAUGUACUGAGUUAAAUCAUAAAAGCUGUUUCAGGCCUUAAUUCUCCUCUAGUCCCUUUUUCCUUCCCUUCCUUCCACCCCACUAGUGGAUCACAUAACAUUAGGGGUGUGUACCAGCCAUCUAGCCCAAAUUGUUACUAUUCAGGAAAAAUAGAGGAACGUGAUUCCAUCACCUCCUAGGAAUGACAGUGUCGACCCCUUGAAUAUUAUUCCCUGAAAUGUUAAAGUCAUGGCCUGGAAGAUA